CUCAGUGGAAGCAUUCAAUGUUGCUCCGGUCAUAACAACAACCCUCUCAACUAUAUCUUUCUUCGCCAACAGGCGGAGUGAUCGGAUGCGGACAACUCAGCACCAUUCAACAUGGAUCCUUUACUAUCGAGUCUUGUGGCAGUCCAUCUGAAGAAAUUGCUAAAAGAAGCAAUGCUAGCUGCAUUCAAGAUGAAAGCUAUGCAUUUUCGAGCAUCGUUAGAUACAUAUGCGAGAAAUAUUAUGAACUGCAGGGACCGGAAUUCAGAAGAUGUGCGGAAGAUGGAGAAUGGACCGGACCCACCCCGUUUUGUAAGCCAGUAUGCGGAAAGAAGCCAAGUCAAAUUCAACUAUCCGCAGGAGGAAAUCCAUCUGAAAUUGGAGAAUGGCCAUGGCAAGCGGCCAUAUGACAUCAAGAUUGGAGAUGUUGUGUCUCACAUAAUCUUGCACAGGGACUUCAACGUGCAUAAUAACUACGACUCGGAUAUAGCUUUAUUGAAACUAGGAAAAGCUGCUGUGCUAACGGCUGGAGUUCAGUUGGUAUGUCUCCCGAACCGAUUUGAUUUAUCUGAGGCGAACCUCGACAGUGGAGUGCCAGGAUGGGUGGCCGGUUGGGGCUAUAACGGAUCGGAUGAACUCGCCGCUGUCCUGACGGAGGUUCAACUCCCGGUGAUAUCCAAUCGCGAAUGUGUUCGGGACACCGUUCAUUUCACGGGGGACCCCGGCAUCACUCGCACCCUCACCUCAAAUAUGUUCUGCGCCGGUCUUUACGCAAUCUCCUUGCAGGUGUCUCACAUAAUCUUGCACAGGGACUUCAACGUACAUAAUAACUACGACUCGGAUAUAGCUUUAUUGAAACUAGGAAGACCUGCUGUGCUAACGGCUCGAGUUCAGUUGGUAUGUCUCCCGAACCGAUUUGAUUUAUCUGAGGCGAACCUCGACAGUGGAGUGCCAGGAUGGGUGGCUGGUUGGGGUCAUGACGGAUCGGAUGAACUCGCCGCUGUCCUGACAGAGGUUCAACUCCCAGUGAUAUCCAAUCGCAAAUGUGUUCGGGACACCCGCAAUUACACGGGAGACCCCGGCGUCACUCGUACCCUCACCUCAAAUAUGUUCUGCGCUGGUUUUUCCGCGGAUACUCCUAUUGAAGAUUUUCGAACAGUGUGUCCUGGGGACUCUGGGAGUCCCAUGGUCUUCUUCUCCAAUACAUCACAGGACAGCCACUGGACGAUGGAAGGGAUUGUGAGUCACUUUUUCCAGAAAGGUGCUUGUUCCAUGAGACGGCCUGGGCAGUAUGGCAUUUUCACCAAAGUUAAUAGGUGAGAUCCGUUUAAUCCUAUUGAAUUUCAUCAUUCGCAAGACUUGCAGCGUCCGAAAUCAGCCUCUGGAGGGGAGUGUGGCCACGUGAUGGAGGGCAUCUACGGAGGAAAUUUUGCAAAACAAUAUCUUAGGUUUCAGGUUUCUGAUCAGGA